UUGGCAUAUGCUUAGUUUAGCAGUGAUGACCUCCAAUAUCACACUUGUUUUCUUGUUGAUGAUGUGCUUGGCAGCGGCAGUAGCAGCAGCAGCAACCCCUGGAGUCGCCGGAGGUAAUGGGCUCUUGCAUACAAUCCCUUCCAAAAACUCUCUGGCUCACUGCCCUUCUACCUGCGGCGACAUUGGCUUCUCCUACCCAUUUGGGAUCGGCCAUGGCUGCUUCCGGCAAGGUUUCGAGCUCAUCUGCGACAACACCACUCAUCCUCCCACACUGCUCCUGGCAAACACUACAACUAAGGUCAUCGGCCAAUCAGGCCGGACACUAGAGGUGAUAGAAAUCCCAGCCAUUGCCUUCAACAUCGCGAUGAACAACAGCAGCAUCAUCGACUACAUCCGAUACUGGGUUUCUCCUGCCAAUGGUUUCACCAUCGUGAACGAGAGCACCCUGUUCGUUAUCGGAUGUGGGAUCGAGGCGUGCCUGUUCGAUCUUGACACGAACGAGACCAUGGGUUCUUGCAUCACCAUGUGUUCUGACAAUUUGGGGAUCAUGGAGAUGCACGAUGGGGAUUGUACCGGCAUCGGUUGCUGCCAUAUCAUCGUGAGAAGGGAGCUGCGUCGGUUUUGGUUAAAGCUUGAUCAUCCGGAUGAUAGAACAACACCGCGAUCAUAUCGGGUGUUGUCUCGUGCUCAGGUUUUCAUCCUGCCAACAAUUAACAGCUAUCAAUUCAAUACGAAUGAUCUUGUUUCGUCCAGCUGGAUGAACACGAGCUCCAUUGGUGGUACUCUUCUCCGUGGUGCCAUCAUGGACCAGGAGACUUGUCCAGGUGCAUCAGCGAGCAAAGCAACCUAUGCUUGCACCACUAACACCAAUUGCUUCAAUGCUACAAAUGGAGGAUAUUACUGUUCCUGCCGCAAUGAUGUCACCGAUGGCAAUCCUUACGUUAACCUUGGCUGCAGUGACGACCCUGGUAUAACAAUUGGAAUUGGGUGUGGCCUUGGCUCAAUCAUUCUUGCACUCGGUGCAAUAGUACUAAUCAACAAGUGGAAGAGAGGUGUACAAAAGAGAAUUCGAAGGGCACACUUCAAGAAAAACCAAGGCCUACUCUUGGAACAAUUGAUAUUAGAUGAAAAAGCACAAGAUAAAACAAAGAUAUUCUCCUUGGAGGAACUAGAGAAGGCAACGAACUACUUUGAUGCUACUCGUGUACUUGGCUCUGGAGGGCAUGGCACAGUUUACAAAGGGAUUUUGUCCAAUCAAUGCAUAGUAGCCAUUAAAAUGUCCAAAAUAGCGGAGCAAACAGAGAUAGAUCAAUUUAUCAAUGAAGUUGCUAUAUUAUCGCAAAUCAUUCAUCGCAAUGUGGUAAAGCUUUUUGGGUGUUGUCUUGAAGCAGAGGUGCCUUUAUUGGUGUAUGAGUUCAUAUCCAAUGGGACACUAUAUGAUAUUCUUCACAGUGAUGUAAGUGUUAAAUGCUUGCUAUCAUGGGAUGACCGUAUUAGGAUUGCAGUAGAAGCCGCAGGAGCUCUUGCUUACCUACACUCAGCUGCAGCAAUUCCAAUUUACCAUAGAGAUGUCAAAUCUUCUAAUAUAUUGUUGGACGACAACUUUACUACAAAGGUUUCUGACUUUGGAGCUUCAAGAACCAUGUCACUUGAUCAAACUCAUGUUAUGACAAAUGUACAAGGCACAUUUGGUUACUUAGAUCCAGAGUACUACUACACUGGCCAACUAACAGCGAAGAGUGAUGUCUAUAGUUUUGGAGUUAUACUUGUCGAGCUUCUAGUAAGAAAGAAGUCGAUUUUUAUAAAUGACCAAGGUACAAAACAAAGCUUGGCUCAUUACUUUGUGGAAGGGCAUCAACAAGGAGUAGUCAUGGAGAUCUUGGAUUCGCAAGUUAUGGAAGAGGCAAACCGGGAAGAAAUUGAUGAAAUUGUCUCAAUUGCAGAAUCAUGCUUGAAAACAAAAGGAGAAGAGAGACCUACCAUGAAAGAAGUAGAAAUGAGGUUGCAGUUUGUUAGAACUAUAAGACAAAGAAAGUGCCAACAAUUUCCAGUAACAGAAGGAGAAAUUGAGCAUUUCCCAUUCCCAAAUACUAGUAACUCUUCAGAUGGCAGGUUCAGCCAUUCUACUGGUUUAACUUGCGACUCUGUCUCUGGAAGUUACAGCUUGGAGCAACAAUUUUCUUCAUCAAUCAAUUUGCCACGAUAACCAUUGGUGCAACAAUACAUUUGACUUGUAGGUGCUUGUUAAGAUGAAUUUG